CGCGGAUGCCAGCCUUCCAAGUCCCUCGGCUUAGGCGAAGGACCUCAGACUACGACUUUCGUCGAGCUAAGUAGUAGGCCUGAAUCAGAGCUAAUUGCAGGCCGGUCUUUACUUGUCCUAAGUAGAAUUGCCCAGCCGACAGCCACUGCCGAACCUUCCUCGGAGGGACACGAAGAUGAAGUCAAUACAGACAACGAGCAUGCAGAUGAGGGGAUAUUGCUGGACUGGGACUAGGAGGUACAUUCGAUAGAAACCAUUUAGCAAACAACACUCAUUAUUUCUAAAAAUUUAAACUCGCGAAGACAACUCCUAUUUAAAGUAAACAAUGCAUUCUCUUCAACAUAAUUUCCCAAGACUCUUCAGAACAGCGCACUAACAGUAUUAAAAAACCCUUUCCAUUCUCCUAGAAGUCAAACCCAUUAUCCUUCCUCAACCAUUUCACCAUAGGCACUACAUACCAACAACCAUUACCAUUACCAUGGGUAACUCAAGAACCACUUCCAGAUCUACAAACACGGACUCUCCCCCAGCACCGCCGGCAACCAUGGAAAAGUUCACAAAAACCCCCGAUACCCCGGCCAAUUCUUCGUCUUCCCCAAAAACAAUGGAAAACUCUUUCAGCAACUACGACCGCCGCUACGUCUCCCAAUACACCACCCCGGAUAUAGCCUCCUCUACGAUGCUUAGCCGACUCCUCCCAACUCCCUCCACAAAUUCCAUAGGUAACUCAAGCUCUCCCUACCGCCUCAUAGCCCCAAAACUCCACCCCUCCCCUCCUACACCCUCUCCAACCACCACCUCCAGCACCUACAUCUGCACCCGCUGCAACCCUCCUUUGCGCCCCUUCUCCACAAAAGCCUCCCUGAAGCGGCACGUCGACAUUGUCCACCUGGGCUUGCGCUUCAAAUGCCCCGUGUGCAAGCAGCAAUCGACGAGCCAGAAGGCUGUGGAUGAACAUAUGAAAAGAAAGCAUAGGCAGGAGUGGGAUGCCGGACAGGCAUUGCUGGCGAUGGGUGGGGGAGUGUAUUUUGCCGCGGAUGAAGACGUGAAGGUUACGAUUGAGUUUGCGGCUGGGAUUUAG